AUGGAUCGCAUCAAGGAGAAAAUGAACCAGCUGCGCAUCGAGGCGGAUGAGUCUGCGACCAAAGUGGAGGAGUUCCAGAAGCAGGUCAAGGUCCUUGAGCAAGAGAACCUGCAAAAGGAGCAUGAAAUCACCUCCCUGCAACACAAGAACACACAACUAGAGAGCGACUUGGAGGCUGCGGAAACAAAGAACAAGGAGUUGAAGGAGGCUGCUGAUGCGGGUGGUGGACAUAUGACACAGAACGAGGCCCUGCAACGAAGACUGCAGCUCCUUGAGGAUGAAGCGGAAGAGGCCGAUAAGAACCUCCGCGAAACAAACGACAAGCUGCGCCAAACAGAUGUCAAAGCUGGACACUUCGAACGGAAAGUCCAAGCUCUUGAGGCAGACCGUGAUCAGUGGGAGGCGAAGUUCGAAGAAAUGUCCAAGAAGUACGCCGAGGUUCAAAAGGAGCUGGCCGACUUCCAGAUCGAGAUUGGCAAUAUCUAA